CUACGCGUCUCCGCCUAUACUAUUUCCCCCGCCCGAAAAAAUAUCCCCAAUUCCCCACCCCAGCUCACAACCCUAAUCACAUUUCGCCGCCUCCGCCCCCGUCAACCUCUUCCCCUUCUCUCGCCAACCCUAGCCCACCCCCGGCGAGAUCUGCCCAGCUCGAGCAGCCAUGGCGGAUACGCUCGACAUGACCCUCGACGACAUCAUCAAGAACAACAAGAAGAGCAACCCCUCCUCCGGCGGGGGCCGCCGCAGCCGCGGCGGAUCCGCCUCUGGCGGCAGCGGCAGCGGCGGCGGCGGUGGCGGUGGGGUCGGGCCGACCAGGCGCCCCUUCAAGAGGGCUGGAAACAGGCAGGCUCCCUACCAGCCGCCGAAGGCCCCCGACGCGGCGUGGCAGCACGACAUGUACCCCGCGGUCGCCGCCACCGGUGGAGGCAGCGGCGGGAGGGUCUCGGCUAUCGAGACGGGCACCAAACUCUACAUCUCCAACCUGGACUUUGGCGUCUCGAACGACGACAUCAAGGAGCUAUUCUCUGAGUUAGGUGAUCUGAAGCGAUCUUCCAUAAAUUAUGAUCGAAGUGGGAGGUCUAAGGGAACAGCUGAAGUUGUAUUUGCACGGCGUGCUGAUGCUGUAGCUGCGGUGAAGAAAUAUAACAACGUGCAACUUGAUGGUAAGCCCAUGAAGAUAGAGAUAGUUGGGACCAAUACUCCAACAGCAGCUUCUGCUCUUCCACUCACUAACGGAGGCCAGGCUAGGAAUGCUGUGAAGAGCGCACCGAGGGGUGGCCCAACAGGUAUGCCACAGCGUAGACCCCAUCAAAGGGGCAGCAGUGGUCGUGGUGGUGGUGGAUCUGGUGGUCGUCGUGGCAAAGAGCGUAGUAAGCCAAAGUCUGCUGAAGAACUUGAUGCUGACUUGGAGAAAUAUCAUGCCAAUGCGAUGCAGACCAACUAAAUACCUUCACCAAGUUGACAUUUCCAUCAAAUAUGAAGAGCAUUAGUCCUUUCAUUCCUGCUGUUUGUGCUGCUAUGUUCAGGGGACAACAGAACUUUAUGUUUGUGGGGGGUCUUGCUUUACUGAAUUUAUGGGUUAUAUGUGUUUACAUAGAACUAGACAGUGGGUGAUGCUGAACACUGCUAUGGAAAUUACUUGGUUGCCUUUAGUUUCUGUACCUAAUGCUGCGGAGUGAAGAAUCAUCCAAGUUACUCCACAUGUGAACGUUGGAGUUGUAUCAAGGUUCCUCUCAUUUGCUUUGACCCUCACCAUGCAACAAUACAACAUCUUCAAGGUAAAAAAAGGAAUGGGUUUCAGA